GACAAAAGAGAUAUAAUGUACCUCAAGAGGUUUUCAAGAGUUUUACCAAUGAAAAGGAGAGUUUCUAUGAAUGUAUUUGUGAUGAUCCGAAGGGAAUGUUGGCUUUGUACGAAGCCUCGUUCCUCUUGAUAGAAGGUGAAAGCAUCUUAGAGGAAGCAAGAGAUUUUGCAAGCAAACAUCUUAAAGAUUAUGUGGAGAAAAGCAAAGAUCAAAAUCUUCGUGCUAUGGUGAACCAUGCCUUAGAGCUUCCAUUACAUUGGAGGAUGAUAAGAUUGGAAGUAAGGUGGUUCAUUGAUGUAUAUAGAAGUAGAGAAGAUAUGAACCCCAUCUUACUUCAGCUUGCAGAAUUGGAUUUCAACAUGGUACAAGCAGUCCACCAAGAAGAUCUAAAAGCAGCUUCAAGGUGGUGGAGGAGUACGGGCCUUGGAGAGUUGAGUUUUGUGAGGGAUAGGGUGAUGGAGAAUUUUCUGUGGACAAUUGGCGCAUCAUUUCAACCUCAAUUUGGAUAUCUGAGGAAAAUGUCAACAAGGAUCUAUGCAAUGAUAACAACAAUAGAUGAUGUGUAUGAUGUAUAUGGUACUUUGGAUGAACUUGAGCUCUUCACGGAUGUUGUUGAGAGAUGGGAUGUCAAUGAAAUGGAACGACUUCCUUACUAUAUGCAGCUAUGUUUCCUUACCCUCUACAACUCCGUUAACAAAAUGGCUUUCGACACCCUCAAGGAAUUAAACGGAUUCAACACCAUUCAGUACCUUAAAAAGGGUUGGGCUGAUUUAUGUACAUCUUAUCUAUUGGAGGCGAAGUGGUAUUAUAGCGGAUAUACACCAAGCCUUCAAGAAUACAUUGAAAAUGCAUGGAUUUCAAUAUCAGUUCCACUUAUAUUGGUGCAUUAUUAUUUUUUUGUCACAAAUCCCAUAACAAAGGGAGCCUUGGAUUUAUUGGAAGACUAUCCCAAUAUAUUUCGUUGGCCAGCAAUAAUUGUACGACUUGCGGAUGAUCUUGGAACAUCUAAGGAAGAGUUAGAGAGAGGUGAUAUUCCCAAAUCAAUUCAAUGUUACAUGAAUGAUACUGGUGCUAGUGAAGACGAUGCUCGUGACUAUAUAAGGAAUUUGAUUAGUGCAACAUGGAUGAAGUAUAAUGAAGAAAUUGCUGCAAGUUCUCCCUUUUCUGAAACAUUUAUUCAUCUUGGAAUGAAUGUUGCAAGGAUGUCCCAAUGCAUGUACCAGCAUGGAGAUGGGCACGGCGUUGAAGAUCACGAAACUAAGGACCGAGUCUUAGCAUUGCUGAUUCAUCCCAUCCCUCUACCGAAGGAUUGAUGAAUGACUGAUAUAUUCGCACAUGUGAUUGAAGGUUCAACUUCAAAA